AUGAACCAACUCAACUGGUUGUCUCCAAGUCUUUCUUUCUCCCCCGUCUCCACCUUAUUUCCCAUCUCCUAUCUCCCCAAGAUGCACUGUUUUUGUUAACCUCUUUUUCUCUGAAAAAAUCGUCUCAGAUGUUCUUCUUUUACAUUGUAACUUAAAGUUUUAUUUUUUUUUUUCCUUUUUGGCUUUUGUAAAGCAGAGAAGAACCAUCCCAAGCUAAGUCUGGGAUCCGAAUUUCAAAUGGAGGCAACAACAGCAGAGAGAUGUUAUAUUGAUGAAGAAGCUCCUGACCCCAGUUCUUGUUAUUUGCGAAAGUUCAAACUUUACGAGACUCGCUCGAAUUUUUACAUGAUUGGAAGAUAUAACAACAAAAAACUAUGGAGGGUUUUGAAGAUUAACAGAUUAGACCCAUCAGAGCUUAGCAUUCAUGAGGAUGCUUCAACUUAUUCAGAAUUUGAAGUUCAAGAAUUGAUUGAAAGAAUUCAUGAAGGGAACCGGUCAACUGGUGGCCUAACAUUGGUUACAGCAUGUUAUGGAAUAGUUGGAUUUAUAAAGUUUCUGGAGCCUUAUUAUAUGGUAGUGAUAACGGAGAGGAGGAAGAUUGGAUCAAUAUGUGGGCAUACAAUAUAUGCUGUGGCGAAAACUGAGAUGAUCCCAGUUCACCAUUCCUCUGUGCUGUCAAAUUUGACUUAUUCUAAGAAUGAGAAAAGAUACAAGAAGCUCCUGAGCAUUGUGGAUCUUACAAAGGACUUCUUUUUCAGCUACUCAUACAAUGUCAUGCAUAGUCUUCAAAAGAACUUAUGUAAUAAUGGGACAGGACCAUUGCUAUAUGAAACUAUGUUUGUUUGGAACGAAUUUCUAACUCGUGGAAUUCGGAAUACUCUCAAAAAUACUCUAUGGACUGUUGCAUUAGUCUAUGGCUUCUUUAAGCAGGAAAAAUAUACAGUAUCUGGCAAGAACUUCAAAUUGACUCUCAUUGCUAGACGCUCACGGCAUUAUGCUGGCACAAGAUAUUUGAAGCGCGGUGUCAAUGAAAAGGGUAGAGUGGCUAAUGAUGUUGAGACAGAACAAAUUGUGUUUGAGGAUGUUCCUGAUGGAAGCCCGUACCAACUAAGUUCUACAGUGCAGAUUCGAGGGUCAAUCCCACUUUUCUGGUCUCAAGAGACUUCGCGAUUGAAUAUUAAACCUGACAUAAUAUUAUCGAAGAAGGACCAAAAUUACGAGGCUACAAAACUUCAUUUUGAAAAUCUUGUAAAGAGAUAUGGAAAUCCUAUAAUUCUUCUUAAUUUGAUCAGGGCACGUGAGAAGAAGCCUCGAGAAACCAUUCUUCGUGCGGAGUUUGAAAAAGCUGUUCGAUUUGUAAAUAAAAAUUUAACAAAAGAAAAUCGGAUAAGAUUAUUUAACUUGGAUCUUCAGAAGUAUUCUAGAAAGGCAACACAUGCAUUGACACUUCUUAGCAGAUUGGGCUUAAUUGCAUUAGGCGCCACUGGUGUCUUUUAUUGUAGGGUUAGACCUGGAAAAAGGCGAGGAUUAUUGAGUCCACCCAGCUUUGAAAAAACUGAAGAUGACUACCCUCCCCACAAUCUUUCUUAUGAAAAUGAGUGUGGUGAGAGUGCAGACAUAGAAUCUAGCAAUGGAAGCCGCGAAGCUAGUGUAAAUCCCUGUGUUAAGGUCCUGAAAUUGCAAAAUGGGGUUCUAAGAACCAAUUGCAUUGAUUGUUUAGAUCGCACAAAUAUUGCCCAGUAUGCCUAUGGGUUGGUGGCUCUUGGAUAUCAGCUACAAAUUUUGGGACUUAUCAAGACUGCAUAUAUUGGUUUAGAUGAUCCGUUGGCUGUUGAUUUGAUGGAUAUUUAUGAGACUAUGGGUGACACUCUUUCGUUACAAUAUGGUGGUUCUGCGGCACACAAUAAGAUAUUUUCUGAAAGGAGAGGUCAAUGGAAAGCAGCAACUCAGUCUCAGGAGUUUUUUAGAACUCUGCAACGUUACUAUAGUAAUGCUUAUUUUGAUGCUGAAAAGCAAAAUGCCAUUAAUGUAUUUUUGGGUCACUUUCAACCACAACAGGGUAAACCAGCCCUGUGGGAAUUGGAUUCAGAUCAGCAUUACAAUAUUGGCUGUCCUGAUUCUAAUUUUGUUGAUGAGUACUCUAGGUUAUUUAUUAAAAGAUCUCUUUCAGAUGGCAAUAUUGUUUGUGAAGACAACUCAUCUUUGGCAGCUAUAAAAGCUGGGCACAAUGGACUUUUCUGUGAAAGAGAGCAAGGAGGUGACAAACGUCUUUCAGAGUCCACUCUGGAGAUCUCAACUUGUGGAAUUGAUAUGCCUUUUUCAAGGCAUACACCAUUUAUGUCAUGCCGGAAGCUCUUCAGAUAUAUAGAGGAGGACCAAUGUUUUGAGGUCGAUAAGUUCCUUGAUACUGAUAAUGAAGAUAAAUAUGACUUUACAAGUUUUCGUGAUUUUGAUUGGUUCUCUUCAUCGGGACACUCAUGGGAAGAAGAUAUAUCUGAAAGGUCAGUUGCAAAUCAAUCUAGCACCAGCCUUGAGGAAACUGAUCGAACUGGGACUCAAGGCUCCAGAAAUGUUGAGAUGGACAAAUAUGAUGAGAGCUUUGUGAGGUGGGUAGCAAAUGGGGGGAUGUUUUAUUGGAGUUGAUUAUGUGGAGUUUAUGUUAGUAGUUCUUUCAUCACUGAUUCAACCUCAUCCGAAGGAUGUGGAGUACAUACAAAAAAAAUAAAUGGUAGAGAUCAACUGGAAGAUCACAACCUCAUCCAGAGGAUGUGGAUUCCAUGCAGAAAAAAUAAAUGGAGGAGAUCAACCGGAAGAUCACAGUUUUGGCUGCAAUUAUACCAGGCUAGGGCAGCACAAAUAGUCAUAGUUUCCAAAGUUCUGUAAAUAGUUUCUAGUUGUAGUUUCAAUUGACUGAUUUGCAUCAUUAAUGGAUACAUAGCAAGAUUCAAUGAAUGAAUUACUCCAAAAUAGUCUUCAUUCCUUGAAAUUGGCUAUGAGACCGCAAAAACUGAUCAUAGUUGACAGAGAAAGUUAGAACCAGGAUUCAAGCAGCUAUCAUUAUUUUUGACACUUUCCUUGAUUA